GGAAGCUGCUCGGUGAGGAGGGCGAAGAUGGCGGCGCGGCGGGGCCGGGGCCCGGGCCCGGGGCCGCUGCUCCUCUCGGUCCUGGCCGUGCUGGGCCCGGCGCUGCGGGGCGCCCGCGCCGCGCUGGACCUGCAGGAGCUCGGCGAGCUCAAGUACGGCCUCGAGAUCCUGGCCGAGCCCGUGCUGGCCGGGCAGCGCCCGCCGGGGGACGUGGUGACGGUGGCCUCCAAGUUCAAGCAGCGCUACGAGUGCCGGCUCCCGGCGGCGGCCGUGCGGAGCCCCCCGGAGCCCCUUGAGGACGCGCAGCUCUACAACGGCUCCGGGGUCAGCGAGCUCCUGCAGCCCAUGGCAGCGGCUCCCUGCCUCGUCAAGACCAAGGACUGGUGGACCUACGAGUUCUGCUAUGGGAAGCACAUCCAGCAGUACCAUGUGGAAGAGUCGGAGAUCAAAGGAGACAUCCUCUUCCUCGGCUAUUAUCAGUCAGCGUUCGACUGGGAUGACGAAACAGCCAAGGCCUCCAAGCAGCACCGGCUGAAGCGCUACCACAGCCAGAGCUACGUGAACGGCUCCCACUGCGACCUCACUGGCCGGGCCCGCGAGGCCGAAGUGCGGUUCCUGUGUGAGGAGGGGGCUGGUGACCACCUCGCCCGUGUGGAUGAGCCCCAGUCCUGCUCCUAUGUGCUCACGGUUCACACCCCCCGCAUCUGCCACCACCCGCUCCUGCGGCCGUCCCCCAGCGCAGCGCCGCAGCCCAUCCUGUGCCAGCCCGCGCUCAGCCCGGCCCAGUACGUCCAGUACGUCCGGGCCCAAGUCUCGGACACCAAGCGGAAGGUUGAGGAGAUCUCGGAGGAGCUCAAGACGUUGGACACGAAGCUGUGGAGCGAGAGGGAUGUGGAGACCCCUGGGACCCCCCCCGAGGGGGCACCGGUGGCCCAUGGUGACGCCACGCCGAGGGAUGAAGCAGACCCAGCCAAGGAGCAGGGCCACGAGGUGACCGGUGAGGAUGGCGGCCACCAGGACAGCACCAGGGCGGAGGAGCCAUCCCCGAGGGCCGCUGGUGGCCGAGUGACCGAUCCGAGGAAGAAAAUCCACUUCAAAGUGAUCCGGAGCCUCGGGGACCUGCUCCAUUUCAUCGAGGAGCUGAAGGAGAGCUCCAGAAAGGCCAAGGAGAAGGUGAGUGAGGAGGAGGAGGUGGUGGGAGAGGCAGCGGCCAAGGCCCUCCCAGCCCAUGAGGAGCCCUCAGUGGGCGACAAGGAGCGGCCAGAGGAGGAAGAAGAGGAUGAGGAGGACGACGAGGACCUCCUGGGUGGCUUUGAGAAGGAGCUGGAGGCCGUGCUGCUGCCACGGGAGCAGAUGGCGCAGCUGAAGGAGGAGGUGAAGACCGAGAUGGAGAAGGAGUUUGACAACAUCAUCAAUGAGGUGGAGGAUGAGCUGGAGACCGAGGGGCUGAAGGGCGAGUUUGACCGGACCCGGGCCUCCAAGUCCUUGGCUUCCACCCUCAACCGCCUGAUGGACAAGUUGGACAGGGGGGGCGAGAGGGAGGAUGAGGAAGGAGCUGGGAGGAAGAGCAGGUCCGGGCACCAGGAACCCCCCCAGGGCCACCCCCAGAGUGACGUGCGGGAGCUGCUGGCCAAGGAGGGGCUGCGGGCAGAAGGGAAGAUCGAGAUCAAGAUCGUGACAGCAGGGGGGGAUGAGGCCGAGGGCCGGUGGCUGUCAGAGGAGGACACCAAGAACCUCAAGGAGAUCUUCUUCAAUGUGCUGCUGCAGGGCUCCCCCGAGGUGCACCGGGAGCGGCGGCGGCAGCAGGCACUGCAGGACAAUUACCGCUUCGUGUGGGGGGGCCGCCGUGAGCCGCCCCCCCCCGGGGACUCUGAGGACCCCGACUUGUGACCCCCCCCCUCACCCAGUGCUCUGCUGUGGGGCUGCCCCAUGGCUGGGUCCCAUGGACUGGUUUUGGGGGGGUCCCUGUGACGUGGGGAAGUGGUUUGGGGUGGGGGGGAUAUUGGA